AUGGACCCUGGUCUUGCUAUGGGGUUUUUUUUUUCCCCUCUCUUUUUUUUCUUCGGGUGUUUUUCUUUCGUUCUUUCUUCUCUCUCUUACGCAUCUCAUUCUGUUCUCCGCUUCCGCCGCAUCUUGUCAUGGUGUGUUGCAGUCGCUUUCGCUCUCCUGCAAUUGUUCGCUCUGUCCGUACUACCUACUCACCAUGAUGAACCCGGCUCGACUUUACCCAUAUACAUAGCACAGCUCGGUAUAUCUCCAUCUGUUGGCGGCUACAUAAAUAUCACUGGCAAUCAACAUGAACACGCCCGGUUGCCGGGAUCUAUCAACUCUCGACAGUUACUAUCUACUCUCUCUCUUCCUCUUUCGCACGCUCUGAAGACUGCAACCCUUCGACCCUUCCCCCCGGUUCCCCUAAACCGUUCUAAUGCGCCGCUACGUCACCGAAUCCCUCCUACUCCCUAUUCGCCCACGGCUCAACGGCGCCAAGAGUCUAACUCAACGACCGCUCGCCGUCACCUCGUCACUCCGCAUGUCCUGCCCCAAGCGAAGGCCGGAUCCCAUCCUUGAACGUGCCAAUCCUUCCCCCGUUGUGUUGCUUUCUCCCGCGUUACCUCCAGACACUACAGAUACAGAAUAGUCUUCAAGAACCCCGGAUGACCCUCGCAUUGUGGACAUUGGCGGAACUCUGUGCCUCGCCCCGAGCCCGAGUGCCCUUCGUCCUGCACUCAGCAGCAUGUCACCAUUCACUCACCAUGCACACAGUUGACUGCCCCUCCCACAAGUCAACCGACAAGCCAAAUCAAGUCUGGGCACAUUGGAGCGCGUAGAUGGACAGCUGACCUGCGCUGCGUGGCCAUGGGCCCGCGCCGCUAUUUCGGCCGUUGAACGCCUCAUCGCUCCCAUCACUCUUCUCUGUUUCGCACCAAUCCUUCGCGGCCAUAAAGAAUGCCACCAACUGAGCUCGUCUGCCGCCUGCGUCCGUCCUCAUCGGUCCGAAGGUGGGGCACCGCGUCGGCAGCUGGUCCCGCGGAGACCUGGAAAUCUUAUCCAGGCCUCGUUUCCUCCCCCCCACCUAUCUGUACUUCCACAAAACAACCCCAGAAGUUGUCGCGAUUUAAUCCUAGCUCUGGCCCAACGAAUCCAAGCUCAAUUCGAGCCGCGAUGUUCCAU